AUGACCUCAGCCCAGGAGCCCGGGCCGCCGCCCGCCGCCUCCAAUAAGCCGCUGACGCCCUUCAGCAUAGCUGACAUCCUGGGCCCAUCAACCCGUCCGACCCCAGCCCCAGCCCCAGUGCCGGCCCGGGGCCCUACUUCGCCUCUCUGCGCCCUAGAAGAGCUGGCCAGUAAGACGUUCCGCAGGCUCGACGGCAGUGUCUUGCAAGCGGCCGAAGGUCGGGAGGCACUGAGCCCGCUGAGCCCCAAGCCUGUGACCCGAAGGCGUCGGAAGUCCCGUACAGCGUUCACCGCGCAGCAGGUGCUGGAACUGGAGAGGCGCUUCGUCUUCCAGAAGUACCUGGCUCCAGCUGAGCGGGACGGGCUGGCAGCUCGGCUGGGCCUGGCCAAUGCCCAAGUCAUCACUUGGUUCCAAAAUCGCCGGGCCAAGCUCAAGAGAGACGUGGAGGAGAUGAAGGCGGACGUAGCCUCCUUGCGUUCGCUGCCGCCCGCAGCUCUUCGCCGGUUGAGCCUGUCUCUGCCAGAAUCAGGCUCUAGUCCUCCGGUUCAGCCAGAACCCAGCCCUGAACCUAGGCAGGAGCUUUCAGAUGAGGAGAUCCAAGUGGACGAUUGA